AUGCAGGGACCGUUCGUGCGUGCGCUGGGGACCGUGUUCCAUCUGAAUUGCUUCAAGUGCAUGGAUUGCGGGGAUGUCGUCGCAUCGAAGUUCUUCCCCAUAGAAGGGCCCGAUGGGAAGCAGAGCCCUCUUUGCGAGCGCGAUUACUUCAGGCGGCUCAAUCUCAUCUGCGCGAAGUGCGGAAUGGCUUUGCGCGGGAGCUAUAUAACAGCAUGCAACAAGAAGUUCCAUGUUGAGCACUUCACAUGCUCGCUAUGCCCUACCCUCUUCGGACCGCAAGACUCGUAUUACGAGCAUGACAACGACGUUUACUGUCACUUCCACUACUCGACGCGUUUCGCCACCAAGUGCGUUGGCUGUAACAGCGCAAUCCUCAAACAAUUCGUCGAGAUCAACCGGAACAUGAAGGACGAAUGCUGGCACCCAGAGUGCUACAUGAUCAACAAGUUCUGGAAUGUCAAGGUCGUAUCUCGGCGACCGAACAGCACAGAAGAAGGCCAGGCUGAGCAACCUGCUUAUCUGGAGGAGGAGGCUCGCGAGACCCCUGCGUCACUCAAGGAAAAGCAGGCGCGAAUGGAACAGCAGGUGUACCGCAUUUGGACUGUCCUGUCGGCCUUCGAAGAAUCAAGUGCUGCCUGCAUUUCGGACAUGCUACGCCAAGUCAGCAACGGGCAAUACCUCGAUGCCAUUCGCAUGGCAGAGAAGUUUAUCCUGCAUGUGGAGGUUCUGUUUGCGACGAUAGAUGACCUCGAAUGGAACUUUGCGCAGUUGGGCAUGAAGAGCAUGUCCCAUGUUCGAGAAGCGCGCAUGCUAUGCCGGAAGACGGUCGAGCUCUUCACGCUGCUUUCGCAUACGCAAGAGACCGGUCAGCGCCGCAUGGGCAUGACGCAGGACCUCCUCGCUCUUGUCACGGGUCUUGCACACUACCUCAAGAUCCUCAUUCGCAUUGCUCUCACUGGUGCCCUCAGGCUGGAGCGCGAUCAGAGCGUGCCAGAUGCUAUGUCGUCCUUCCUCGAUAAGCUGCACCUCCUCGCAGUACAGGGAGCCAACCCCUCCGCCCGACGUCUUAUCAAGGGCCACAACGGCGAAGUAUCUCCCUUCAGCCCAACAUACAAUGCGCAAACCUCGCGCAUGCCGUCCGCGAAUCCACCGAGCGACUUGUGCGUCAGGUGUGGGCUGACGGUGGAGGAGGACUGCGUUCGCCUUGGCACCUAUCAGCGAUGGCACUCGCACUGCAUCCAAUGUGCGGCGUGCGGAAAGGUCGCAGCUGUUCCUGACAGUACCGUGGACAACAAGGCCCCGGUGAAGCUGAGCACGGCACGGCGACCUCCCGCGAAUGUGGGCAUGUUCGUGUACGAGGUGCAGUCGAUGAAGGAGACUUCAUCGUUUGGCUUGGUACCGACACGCAUACUAUGCUCGGAGCAUGCUCACGAAGGUUGUCGAGGAGGCUUCCAGGCGGUUCAGCGACUGGAGCAAUACGCUUUCCUGUUAAACGUCGCACUUCGGCGACUGUACCUCUUGUUGCGGAAGGCUGGCGUCGUACCGCUAUCUCCAGACACGCCAUCAACGAGUGACACACCAAACCCCUACCGAAACUCUAACGACAUGGUCACAAUGAAGUCGGCUCACUUGGACCGCAAGCUAUCGGCGACCGCACGGCUCCCUAAACGGUCAACGAUCGUCGAAAGCCCUACUGGAAGGUCGGUGCAUCCACACGAUGCAGGUUACACGCAUCGGUCGCCCGAUCCCUCGCAGCCGCCGAUGCCUGCGCAUCUGCAGCAGCGUACGCCUCCUCACCAGACGCCAUCGCCGCAGAUGUCACGACCUCAGCUUGGUCCUCUGCCCGGCGACAGCGGCGGUCAGAUAUUGAGACCAUCGUUUGCUCGUGCCAACACGGAAGUCAAGAUCGUGGACGAGAGCAUGCCCAGCUCGCCCGCGGCUGGAAUGGACGACCCUCAGCCCCGCCUACCCGUCGACGACUCUAUCACGCUUGCGGAUAUUCCACAGAUCGUGCAGGCCGCGCAAGCUCACAACGAGCGGCGGUCAUUACCGCGGGAGAACGCCAUACCCUACAUCGCGGAGCUCAGCCCAUUGGAGCUAGCGAUCAUCAAGCAUGCAGCUGUACUAGCGCUAAGUCGGUCACCUCUACGGGAUCAGUUCGAUAUGGACGAAAUUCUGGAGCUGGUGGAGGUGAAGAAGAGCAACUUUUGGAACAAGUUGUUCAAGGGAGAUAAGAAGAACAUCAAGAAGAAAGGCGUAUUCGGUGUACCUCUUGAGCUUCUCGUCGAACGGGAAGGUGUCGACUCGCUCCUUGGUGCAACGAGAGCCGCGAUGCGCGUGCCCAGCUUCGUGGACGAUGUCAUAUCUGCCAUGAGGCAAAUGGAUUUGUCCAUCGAGGGUAUAUUCCGCAAGAACGGCAAUAUCAAGAGGCUACGCGACCUGACCGAAGCCAUCGACCGUGAUCCCUCUGCAGUUGAUUUGACGCAGGAGAAUGCGGUCCAGCUUGCCGCUUUGCUGAAGAAGUUCUUGCGAGACCUGCCGGAGCCAUUGAUGACCUUCAAGUUGCACCGCCUGUUCAUUGCUACCCAGUCUUUACCCAAUGAGGCUGAACGUCGGCGAUUACUCCACAUGGUCGUCCUCCUCCUACCCAAGAGUCAUCGCGACACGCUGGAGGUGCUAUUCGUGUUCUUGAAGUGGGUGGCCUCCUUCGCGCAUAUGGACGAAGAGACAGGUAGCAAGAUGGACUUGGGCAAUCUGGCUACCGUCAUCUGCCCGAGCAUCCUGUACUCUCGGGGCCGCGAUCCUGUGCGCGACGAGAGCUUCGGGGCAAUUCGGGUGGUCACCACCUUGCUCGAGAACCAGGACGACUUCUUCGCAGUACCAGAGGAGUUCUUGCCUAUGCUCCGGGACCAGGAACACUUCACGCCUUACAUGGAGAUGCCUAGCAAGGAGUUCCUGAAGAAGUGCGACAACUAUGUCAGGGUCAAGUCCGGUAGGCCGCCCGCCGCUGUCCCUCAGUACGGCAGUCCUCCCAACGGAAUGCAACCGCGCUACAACGGCAUGAGCACCCCGACCAUAGAACGCCAGCAACCGAUUCCUCGUAUGCCGCCUUCGGCUGCCAACUCUCCCUACACGUCACCGUCCUCGCCAUCGGUUCCACCGAACGGGUUCAACCACCAACGAGAAGACUGGCCCGCCUCACCAAGGCUACCGAGCGUCGCACCACACGGCGCACCACCGUCUUCACGGCCAUCGUCAUACGUACAGCCCCGACCUCCACCGCCCGCACCGUCGUCGGACCAGAGCCACGGGGGACUGCAGGCAUCCAACGGGUACACCGCUGUGCGGCAGCGUACGCAAUGA